CUGACCUUCUGCAGCCCUUCGGGCCCGCUUACGACCACCACGAGGAAACAUCGUUCACACACUGCACGCCACACACUGAAACGACACUUCCUACCGCUUUCAUUCAAUAAAGAAAUAAGACAGUCGGACCUCGACUUCUUUUGUCACAAGGCUUUGAAACAGUUUCCUCGCACCCCGCUGCUGCAAUGUUUUUUCGACUGAAUUAUUAGCUAGCCUGGGGCCUGCUGCUUGGGCUUCCCAAGGUCCUUUAGGGAAAGGGUCGCGUCGACAGGGCCGCACCCGGCAAGCGCGGGUCGACCGAGGUAGUGACAGGCGUCUCCCGAUGCCAGUAAAUUUCAUCUGUUGCUUUGUGGGAUCGCAGCUGCCGGGCGAUGAGGACACUGCCAAGCAUGCCGCGGGGCGAGCGCGGUUUGCCCAGGCGAGGGCCGAGAAGGAGACCCAAACAUCGGCGAGAUGCCUAGAGGGUUACAUCGCCUCCUCUGCGGCCUCGCAGCCGGUAGCGGCCACGGAAACCUGUGCGGCGGACGCGUCCCCACUAAGCGGCGUCGCGCCGAAGCCAGCGGCAGCGCUGCAAUCGACGCCGCCCAGGGCAACAGCCACAGCUGCCAGCGCUGCUGCUAGCGCCUUUGCCGCCGCGUCCUCCCCAUCAGCGCGCGGGUCCACCUCUGCCCAGAAGGUGCAGCAACCGCACACGAUGCCUGCGAGCCUGGCCUCCACGCUAGCCUGCCACCACUCCACGGAGUUGGACACGCCCGAGCGGGCCACUCCUUCCCUGGCGCUGCCCUCCUCCAACCUCUCGGACUCGCCCAUCGCGAGCGUGCGGACAGCGCCGCCGCCCAUGCCCUCUUUAGGCGCCUUUGGGGCGCCUGUAGUCCCCUCCAGCGGACGGCUGCCGCCGCUCCCGCCUCACCACGGAUCGGCCAUGCCCGGCCGCCCCGGCGGCGGGCUCAGCCCCAUCCCUUCCAACGUGACCGCGGGGCGGCAGAGCGGCAGCGGCUUCCUAGAGAGCGCCAGCCGCCAGCUGGCGCGCGCCGCGGCGCCCCUGCCCUGCGCCAGCUACAGCAUGUCAAGCAGCCCACAGGUGCUCGCGGGCGGCAGUCAUGGCGACCCCGACCAGGAGGAGUACGACGAUGCGGGCGACCGCACCAGCGUGGCGUCCUCGGUGGGGGGCCUGGUGCCGGCGGGGGGCCGUAGCAGCGCCACCGGGGCUCGCGCAUUCAGCGCCGCCGGGGUGGAGUUGGCCAGCGUGCGCACGGUUCGGCUGCCACGCGGGCUGCGCAGCCCGCGUACCAGCAACCGCGCGCUGCUGACGCGGCAGCGCACGCCGUACGCCCUGCGACGCUUUAUGGGCGGGCAGAUGGUGGGGCCUCGGGAGCUGUUGGACCUGCCCGCGGCGCCCAGCCCCGCAGCGGGCACCGGCGUGGGCAGCACGACCGGCCACGGCGCCGCCUCGCCCGCCCGCGCCGCCACGCCCUCCUACGCGAACGGCGGAACCUCGUUUCGCACCAUUGCCACCGCCGCCGCUGCCGCCUCGGCUGCCGGCCGGCGCAUGCACACGCACAGCGGCGCUGCGCCGUUGGACGCGGAACUGGACGCCGCCGCGCUGCUGGACCGGAACUCCGCCGCCGCCGCGCCCGGCAGCGCCCGCGCCGCCGUCAGCGCCGCGGCGCGCUCCGCCGCGAUCGCUCGGCAGACGGCCGUGCGCUUCGGCGUGCGCCCUCUGGACCCCGGCGCGCCCGCGCCUGGGCCCGAGGCGUCCGUGCUCAGCCCCCGCACAACGGCGCCGGCUCUGCUGGCUCGCCAGGCCACUCCCUGCCCCCUGCGUUGGGGGCGGCUGGAGGACUCCUGGGAUGGCGCCAGUGAGGCGCCGCUGAGCCACACGCUCAGCAACACCUUCUCCCACACCUACUCCAACGUCAUGAACGCCGUGUCGGAGCACGGCGCGCCGCCCACCUUUGACGGCGGCGUGGAUGUGUUCCGCUACGCGGGCCGCAGCCGCGCUGGCGGCGUCGGCACCAUCGGCGGCGGCAACGGGUCCUCGAUGCCGGGCGGCGGCGGCGCCGGCGGCGGCGGUGUUUACCUUGGCGAGAACGGCGACCGGCUUAGCGCCGGCGGCGUUCGCGGCUUCUCGCGAGCCGGCAGCAUCCGCAGUGGCCGACUGCCAUCAUACGGCGGUGGCGGGGCCGGAACCGGCGGCGGCCUGGGCGGUCACCAGCCGCACCCGCACCGCGCCCUGCGCGUCAACGUGUCUCUGGCCAAGUCACGUCGCAGCUCCGUCUCCUCCGUUAUGAGCCUGGAUCCAACAGAGCACGGCGCGGCCGAGGGCGCCAUAGGCGGCGGUGCUGGCGGCGGCCCGUCGCUGCCGGUGGUGGUGUCGCUACGCACGGGCGGCGGCGGCGGAGCUGGCGGCUUCGGCGGCAACACGCCUACUCGCCGCGGCCGGCGGCGCAACUUGGCUGGCAACGAGGUCCUGGGCUGGGAGACGCUGGUCCCAAGGGUACCGAUCGCUCCAAUCGGCGCACCCGACGCGCCCGGCAGCAUCGCAACGCCCACCGCCUUCACUGGUGCCGGCGCUCGCGCCGCCCCGGGCGGCCUGGCCAUCCCCAUGCCGCUGCCCUCCGCCGUCGGCUCUGUGGGUAGCUCGCUGCUGCCCAUGUCCAUCAUGCCAGGCGGCAGCCUCCCGCCCGGCAGCUCCCUCCCGCCCGCCAACUCCCUGACCACCGCCGCCAGCUCGGUCUUGGGCUGCGACAACGCCAGCUGCAAUUCGCCCGCUGACGCGACCGGUGCCGCCGGCAGCGUUGGGCCGCCGUUCCCCGGCGCUGGCUGGCGGCAGCCGCCCGGAGGGCUAGCCAUCCCUAUGCUGACGUCGGCGCACUCACAGCCCUCGCCCAAGCCGCAGCUGCUGUCACCGCCCCUGCACACCAUGGCAGUGGCCGUGGGCGGCGCGGGCGGUGGUGGCGGCGGCGGCGGCUCCGUGGGCCGUGUGUCGUUCCAGCCUCUGCUGGGCGGCCCGCCGCUUGCAGGCAUCCGCACCCGCGAGAUGGCAGGCCAUAUGGAGCCCCAAGGCUCGGCCUUCCCCCGCCCCGACCUGCCGCCCGCACCCGAGCUCGCCGCCGAGCUCGCGCCCGUCAGCAUGAGCCGCGGCAGCAGCAUUGCCGGCAACACCACCGGCACGCAGCCGCUGGCCGGCUUCCGCUUCGUGCCCUCAGGUGGCACCGGCAGCGGUGUGGGCAUGGGCAUCGCGUCGCGCGUGUCCGGCAACGGCAUGGGCGGCGGCGUCGGUUGGUACGGCGCCCGAGGCACCCAGUCGAGUGACGGCCGCGCCGCCAUUCCCAUGCUGACCGGCUACGCCUCCGGUGCCAAGUCGCCUCUGGCUGUCGCCACCGCCGGCGGCGGUCUGGCGCCUGGCGGUGCGGCGCGCACGCUGCGCCGCAGCUGUCUGUCCAUGUCCCGUCCGGCCAGCACCGCCAACAUCGCCGGCAUGCCGCACCACAACCACCACCAUCACCAGCACGGCGCCGUCAGCGGCAGCGAGGCACGCUCCACGGACGGCGGCGGCGCCACGUCGAGCCGGCCGGCGGGCGGUGCCUCUGGCGCUGGGCGCCGGGUGCUGCAGCACACCGGCUCCGUGCGCUCCCACGCGCCCACCGAGGACGACAGCGCCGAGUCGCUGGCCAAGCUGGCGCAGGCCGCCACCUGGGAAAACAACACCGGUGGCACCGCCAAUGCACACAAGCCGGCCGAAGACAUCACAACCUCGGGCGACAUGUUUGCGGGAGCGGCCGGCGGCGGCGGCACCGCCCCCGGCGAGGCCGGUGGCUCCGGGGCGGACGACCAGGACGCAAUCGAGUCGGGCCUCAUGGUGUUGGGCGGCGAGGACCCGCCUCGUAUGCCGGCGCCUGCGACCAUGGCCACCCUGGCGGCGGUGAUGUCGCCGCCGGUGCCGGGCCCGGCGCUCACGGUCGGCCUGGCGUCGCCGCUGCGGCACGUGAUGGGCAACGGCCCGCCGUCGUCUCGCCUGAGCCGUUGCACCUCGCUAGCGCAGCAUGAGGUGCUGUUGCUGCGUUAGCCGUGCUUACGGUAAGUAUGUUUAAUGAACGCGAGUGUUCGGUCAUGUCGAAAGAGCAGCAGCGCUUGGAGUCGGGACAAAAGCGGGGUUUGCAUGUACCGUAUACUUUAUAUGGCGGGACAGCUUCCAAAGCGUUGGCAGGUGUGAACCAAAUGAGGGGCUUUGGUGUGGUGGGAAUCCGUGUCAGGCUGGCCACUAUUCUUUCUCAUGCGCGGCCUCAACCCUGCAGCAGUACUCCGCUCAUAAUCGAGUUCUUCAACCCCUCAUCUACCGGCUUUGCCAUACACACCUACCGAUUAGCCUGUGCAAGACAAGCGGCAUAUGGUUGGCCUGUUUUAGAUGGCCACGUCCCAAGAAAGGGAAGUUGAGUUGGAGUUGUUCCCUGUAUGGCGCUGAACUUUCCCGGCACGGGUAUUCAUCCGCUUCGUACUGUGUUAAAGAGCAGAAGGACGGGAAACGCAGGGGCCAUGUACAUGAUGCGAUGCGGCUGCGGUUUGUGCGUGUGCCGUUUGCGACCGCACUUGCUUAGGGUUAGGCGAUAAAGCAAAUACGUCCACCGCGUGUUAUAGGUUGCUGCACAGGCAGUGGGUCGGCGCAGGAGAUGGGCGGGCAUCGCUUGAAGUAAAUGCGUACAACAAGAGGAUGCCAUGACGAAUGCGGGGAGAGUGCGUAAUGCGUAUUAGUAGGAGCGGGCUCGGUGCAGUGUCGUAUGAUGUUCGGUUGUUCGUACAUGUGCAUGUGCUUGUGCGAGAGUGAACAUGCGUAUACUGUGUGCUGUCUACCAAUGGUGGCUAGGGGACUGUUUGGUUGUCCUGUGCUGGCUGUGCUUGUCCUUGACAGCGGGACGUGGCUGGACAUAUGGCGGGCCGUGCCUGUGCGAACCAACCCCGGCUAUGUCCGGGAGAUGAGGUAGACGCUUGCGGCCUCAAACUGGAGACGUGGCGUGGGCUUAGCCCACUUCUUCCUUGAGGAGCGAGAAAGCGAGAAGCGAGAAAAGUCCAACGGUCUUGUCCAAUGGUGACGGUGGUGACGGCGGUCAGCGCCUUUUUGUUCGGGGGGCCGGGUCAGGUAUCAGACAGGCUCAUGUGCCGUCCGGUUGAACGUUGCACCGCAAGGCCGCGACGCCAACUCUGCGACGAACAUGCGGAACGCGCUGAUGGAGAUGCUGCUUGGUAGAGCCAGUAGAGCGCGGCCUGCGGCCCUGCGCCGCGGUAGCGGCGGCGGCGAUGGUGGUGGUGGAGCCGUGGAGGCCAGCAGCAGCAGCAGCAGCAGCGGCACAGGGCCUCGCGGCGGCAGCGGCCCUGUGCCCAGCAGUUGCGGCGUGCAUGUGUGUAGCGGAGGGGGGAGCAAGGCCACGUGGAGUAUGACAGCGCGGCGAGGGAAAAGCACGUGUCCUGUCCAAUGGUGCAGGAUGCCAGGCUCUCGGCCUGGUCGUGUAGAGCAAGGCCGGUUGUCAUGGCCACAACUAGCCACGUGUCUCAGCGCCUGAUGUUGCGCGGGCGCAUGUCAUAUUGGAACGCGCUGUACCGUACUUCUGCUUUUGGGGUCGUACCAAGAAACUACAACAGUGUGCAAGUGGGGCGUUCAAGGGCGGGUCGUGGAACUGUGGUCCGUGGCUUGGUGUUGCCAUUAUGGAUGAGCCAACCCAAGCCAACGCGGCUGCCAAACUGCCAUGGGAAGCAGUGUUAGGCAUUCUGCAUUGUGCUGCAAAUGCACAGAGCUCCCCUGUGCAGCGUCACCAAAAUUCGAGAUCGGAUCAUGAACCCCAGCGGGCCGUUACCCCCUUGCCAGCUUACCCUGCGACUACGCGAGCUGGCAGCCGGUAUUUCCAGCCUAUUGGAGUGCCGAAAGCAUAGGGCAGCGGGGCUGGAUGCAAUGGGACAGGGUAAGGGGCAGGUUGGCGUAGUCCUGUUGUUUGCAGCGUAUACCCAGAUUCAGCAGUCAAGGCGCCAGGCAUCUUCAGUAAUCAAGGCAGCGGGGCUAACUGCGUGUCUGAAACCACGGAUGUUCUGCUAUUUGAUACAUAAGUUCAGCGACUGGAUGGGUUACGAGAGAGGGAUCCUGGUUGCAGUAGAUGUCUGCAGAGCGGGGGGUUAGGCUACCCUGGCGUCAGGAUGCGGAAACAGCCGCGAGAAGGGGCUGGAUUGGGUGGCAUGAUGCUUUCACGUCCAUGCGCUCCGAUCCUUGGCUGGUGUGGAAGCAGCAACUUCCGCUACACGGAGAAACAUUGCUUUGCCGGUGCACAACAAUCUGCCAUCGUAGU